AUGUACUCUUCAAAAUUUAUUUUUAUUUCUACUCUUGUUCUGUUCUCACUGAUUUCAGUUUCCUUGGCUGGAAAACAAUCUGGUUUCGCCUACCUCAAGUAUUUCAAUACUAAAAAUUGCUCCAAUGACUCGGAGUAUGGUGGAUUAUUCGUCAAGGCUGGUUCCUGUAUUGGAAAAACAGUUUACGAUUGCAGUGGUGAUCCUAAUAAGAUUGGUAUCCAGAAGUUCAAAGACAAUGACUGUUCGAUUCCAAUUGAAAAGAAAGUCUAUCACCGAAUCGACCAGUGUCUAGAGCAUGUAAUAAACCAUGAAUACUAUGGAUAUUCGGCCAGCUGUGUGGAUAGCCUUGUCUUACCACAACAAUCAACAGUCAAUUUUGCAUACACCGGAUAUUGUGAAUCACCAAACUGGAAGGAGCAUAUCAUCUCAGCUACAUAUAGUCUUCUGGAUACUUGUGUACUCUUAACUCAUGGUAGUGCCAAGUAUAGAUGUACUCCUAACCAACUUACCACUACAUCGUAUACAGCAUACAACAAUGAUUGUAGAGGUGAGCCCCAGAAAAUUGUUACCAUUCCUUACUCAGUUUACAACUUCUGUUCGGAUAUCAAUCAAGUAAACAUUUGUUUUAAUGAUUAA